AUGAAGCUCACUUUCAAAGAUUUGAAGCAGCAGAAGUUCGUGAUCGAAGCCGAACCAUCGGAGCUGAUUUCCGAUGUAAAGGAGAAAAUUGCUAAAGAGAAGGGAUGGGAGGCCUCGAACCAGAAGCUGAUCUACUCAGGCAAAAUUCUGCAGGAUGCUCACACCGUGGAGUCCUAUAACAUUGAGGAGAAAGGCUUCAUUGUCUGCAUGGUCUCAAAGCCUAAGGCUACACCAGCAAGCGCCGCUUCAACAGCGAAAGCCCCUCCAUCAACACCUGCCCCAGUCGCCGCCUCAACUCCCGCAGCCCCCCAAGCUCCAGCUCAGUCGACAUCCUCUGCUCCCGCGAUCCCCGCAACUCCAUCCCCAGCUGGAUCAGGUGCCGCUCCAGCAGCAAUUCCGUCAACACCAUCUGGAGCUACCUCUGGUAUUUCCAUGGGUGCUGAGCGUGCUGCGCAAAUCGCUGAGAUGGAGAGCAUGGGUUUCGAGAGAUCACAGAUAGAUGCUGCUAUGCGUGCGGCUUUCUAUAACUCGGAGCGUGCUAUUGAGUAUCUCCUGAAUGGCAUCCCAGAGAACCUUCAACAAGAGCAGAGAGCCCCAGCACCCCCUGCUGCUCAGGGUGAAGCUGCUCCAGCUGCCGCUACUAUCAACCAAGGAGGCGAUGGAGGUGAGGAGCCAGUAAACCUCUUUGAGGCCGCAGCCCAAGCUGGCGCAGGUGGACGUGGAGGUGCUGGAGCUGGAGCCCGGGGAGGAGCUGCGAACCUGUUUGCCGGCGCAGGAGCUGGAGCUGCUGGAGCUGAGGGCUUGGGAAACCUUGACUUCCUCCGCAAUAACCCCCAAUUCCAGCAACUUCGCCAAGUCGUCCAGCAACAACCACAAAUGCUUGAGCCUAUCCUUCAACAAGUCGGUGCCGGCAACCCACAACUAGCUGCUUUGAUUGGUCAACAUCCGGAGCAAUUCUUACAACUCUUGAGCGAGGAUGGUGACAAUGAUGCGCCACUUCCACCCGGAGCCCAGGCUAUCAGUGUCACUGAGGAAGAGCGUGCUGCUAUCGAGCGGUUAUGUCUUCUCGGAUUCCCCCGCGAUCAAGCCAUUCAAGCGUACUUCGCAUGUGAUAAGAACGAAGAGCUCGCAGCCAACUUUCUCUUCGAUCAACCAGAUGAUGACAUGGAGGGCUGA